CACUUCUUUCACUACAAUACAGCUAAAACUCAAGUUGAUUAUCUUUCAGCAAAAAGGAAUGUAACAUGACCAUUUCAAGCAUGUGUUUAUUUUUGCCUUUGGUUAGUUUGUGAUGAAAAUUGUCAUCAUUAUAAGUAACCUUUGGAGAGGAGAGAUCAAACAAGUUAACGAUCAUAUAGGGGCUUUUUUUUUUUUUUUUUUAACCAGUUAACGAUUUUUUCUGAAAUGAAAUGAAAAUCAUAGAAUAUAGAAUUUAGUCGUUCCCUAUAAGCUUGGUUGUGCAACACGUCAUGUUUUGGAAUUGUGGCAACAUUAAUUGUAUGCUUGGAUUGUUCUCUGCCUCAUCUGAAAGUCCCUUUGGAUAAAUAAGGCCAACUAACUGCCUGAAUAAAUAUAUCUAGUAGGCAUGCUAGCUGACUAAAUAUAUGUGUAGAAGGUAAGGAAGACCUUAACUGAUGCUUUCUCGAUGUCCUAUGAUGUGGUUGAGUGCUCUGGUUCAUGAUAAUCUCUGUAUGCAAAGCAGCGAGCUGAAUCAAUAGGAUACAAGGAAUCAUUACUCAGAGAAAUCAUACGUUUAUUGAGAUGCCUUCAGCAUAUAUACACUUUGUUCAAGGGGAGACCAAGACCCGGACGUCAAAAGUCUAAAUCUACCUGUUAUUUUCAGGGCUAACAGAUAAAAGUGAAGCAAAACAGAGAUGUACUCAGAAAAGUGGCACAAAAGUGUUAAUAGUGAGAAUGAUACUUGUCGGUGUGUCGGUUACAGAAGUAGAGAAUGUUCUACUCGGAAAGAUUACUCAAUAUAAAUAAUAACUGGGAGUACUAGUUGACUAAUAUAAAUGUAUAGCAGAUCUGCUAGCUGACUAAAAAUAAGUGUCAGCAACCCUACCAGAGCAACAGAUACAUCACCUCCUCAUGUUAAAAUUGGUUUAAGGGCAGCACUGCUUAGCCUGAAAAAAAAAGGUUUUCCUUUGCUUUUGUGUAUAUAUUUUUUGUUAUGGUGUAAAAAAAUUGUUAUGAGGACAAUGGCUAUGACUCAAAUUCAUUAUAUUCCUACAAAAGAUGAAUUACACGUGAUUAUAUUUAAGGAUGUUGAGGAUGCUUACAUCAUGUAGGCCUAUGGGUUUGAGAUACAUCUCAAACCCAUAGCAAGAGGAUGCUAUGCUUCCAUUCCAGUAUUUUGACAGCAGAUUGUAAUGAGCGCCGUCUGUGUAUCUUUGUGUGUCAGUUUGACAGUCUUUUAGGAUUUGCGGUUUUCACCUGAGGAAUUCCUCGGACUGAAAGAAAUGAAUGAACAAAACCAAAGAUCCACCUGGUAGGACUGGAGAUCCAUUGUAUUGGAAAUUACCAACAUCAACAAAAACUCUUCGUGUGCUGGAAUGAAAACGAAAAUUGCGAUGCCGUUUAGGGGAAUUUGUUUUUGUUCAUUUGGAAUAUUAUAUUUAUUUUUGAACAAUUUGAUUUUCCCCACUGCUAGUUACACGCUGAAGGACUGCAUGGUCACACAGAACUCACAGGCCAUCUGUCGGAAUGCCAGUAUGAAAGUAUUUCCAAAGUACAUUCCAGCAAGAGUCACAAGUAUAGACCUUUCUGGAAACAACAUGUCUACACUAAAUAAAACAGAUUUGGAAAAUGUACCAAAUCUGAUGCGCUUGGACAUGACAAGCAACAGGAUCUCCAAGAUUGAAUCUGCCACUUUUGUGGUUCAAAUCUCUCUAAAGGUGUUAAUUUUAAACAACAAUAGCCUUUGUAAUCUACAGGAGGGUAUGUUUGAUGGAUUAGUCAAUCUCAUAGAAUUGUAUCUGGCUUCCAAUCAGAUCCAAUCAGUAGCACCGGCCUCUUUCAAGACUCUGAGCAAGCUUAAGAUUUUGGACCUAGGCCAUAACAAAAUGUGCCACUUAACAAACUUCUUCUUACAACAUACACCACAUUUACAAAACCUGUACAUUCCAGCAAACAAAAUGUCCACUUUUAAUUCAUGGGAGCUGUCAAAUAAGUCUACAGAACUUGUUAUCCUUGAUUUGUCUCAGAAUGAGCUCAUGUAUUUUAGGCUCACUGCAGGUAUCUUUCCCAAACUCAAAACGUUGUACCUUGAGGAUGGUAUAAAGAAUGGCAUCGUUUGGGAGGUGAAUGACACAUCGUACCUUAGCAGUGUGGUUAGACUCGAUAUCAGUGGGGUUCGCAACUCGAUUCAUGGACUGCAGGAAGUGCUGGAGUCAUUUAACUCCUCCUCCUCACUGAGGUAUCUGCAGUUAAACCAUAUAAAUAACAACCUGCAAGUUCUCAUCAAUGUUUCCUGCAAAAUCCCAAAGCUGAGCUCUUUUGAAAUCCGAAAUAAUGGCAUCAAAUUGAUUACAUCAGACAUGCUGCACUUGUGUACUUAUCUGAAAAUAUUAGACUUGGGGAUGAAUGAGAUAACUACGAUCUCUGAGAAUUCGUUUCAAUCUCUUAGGCAGCUGAACACUUUAAUCAUAGAGUCUAACUGUCUCACAUCGGUCCCCAAUGCUGUAAGGAAAAGUAAAAUCUCAAAACUGGAUCUCAGCUGCAAUAACAUCAAUGUUCUUGGCUGUGAUGAUUUUGCCAAUAUGAUCCAUCUCAGGGUUCUCUAUCUACACAAUAAUCCUCUCUUGGCACUCAAUGAUUGUGUUUUCAAAGAUUUGGUCAAUUUAAAUAAAUUAAUGUUGCAAAACAGCAGCAUUCAUCAUUUAAACGGCACCUUCAAGAAAAACACGCCAAAUCUUAAAACUCUUUCUUUGUUGAACAAUAAACUCACUGUUCUAGAUCAUGGAGAAUUUAAAUCUCUUAGUUCCCUCCAGACUUUGACAUUAAAAGGGAAUCAAUUAGAACAACUUAAUGAUGGGACUUUUUUUGGACUGGCCAGUCUUAAAAAUCUUAAUCUUGAAUCAAAUAAAAUAACUGAAAUUACAAACGCUACUUUUGGUGAUUUGAAAGCUUUAAAGACAUUGAAUUUGCAGAGCAAUCAAAUUAAAUAUGCAUCGGUAGAGCCUAUUCCGUUUCCACCAUUUGCUGAGCUUUCACAGCUAGAUACUUUGUUUAUUUCAGCUCAAAGCAGACCUCAUAAGUGGUCCAACUUCCCUCAAAACUUUCUGCAAGGCCUGACAAAUCUGUCAAUACUAUACAUGCAAAGUAACCAUCUUAGAUCCGUGCACCCACACACCUUCAACUAUACUCCUAAUUUGAAUGUGCUUCAUUUGUCUAAAAAUUUUUUUUUUUUGACAGACAUUCCCGACAAUUUGUUUUCCCCAAUUCAAAAACUAAAAAGUCUUUACAUUUCAAUGACAAACCUGAGGUCUCUAGAUUUUCUGCUCCAUUCUAACCUCACAGAGCUGGAAGUGUUGCAGGUGGGGUAUAAUAUCUUUUCUGUGAUUAGAGAGCCAGUGAUGCUGUCUCUGCCAGCACUUACUGACCUGGAUAUGCAGGGUAAUAGCUUCACCUGUAACUGUGACAAUGCGUGGUUCCUCCAAUGGGUAAACACCAACAAGCAAACACAAGUGUUUAAUGCAUACAACUUUGAAUGCAGCUAUCCUCCAAACCUUAAAGGUAGAAAACUGUUGUAGAUUGACGUCCGUUCUUGUACAGUAGACACAGACUUCAUCUGUUAUAUUUCCACGGCAUGCGCGGUCAUCAUGACCCUAGCAGUCUCCUUCACUCACCAUUUCCUGCAAUGGCAUCUGGUCUACGCGUACUACCUCAUGCUGGCGUUCCUCUACAACUCAAAGAACAAGGACAAGCGUGCUCAUCAAUACGACGCCUUCGUCUCCUACAACACAAAGGACGAGGGCUGGGUGCUGGGGGAGCUGCUGCCCAAGCUGGAGGACGAGCAGGGCUGGAGACUGUGUCUGCACCACCGAGACUUCCAGCCAGGUGAGGAGCCCUACCCUGAACAUCCUCUGCACCUCCAUUAGCAUACAAGCUAGCCUACACUUUUUCAUACAUCGUACUUGCCAGUGGAUAGGACAUGGUAGGAGAUUUUUUAGAGAUUUAAUGUAUUUGAACCAGGGGCGUAGGAAUGAGUUUAACAACGGGGGGGACGACACAUAUCGGAAACCAGACAGAUCUGUUAAUGGUUUGAACAGAAAUAGGUCAUAAAUUAACUACACUGCAAAAUAUUAAAAAAUAUAUUUCAUUUUAUUAAAAGUAAACAUUUGUAAAUGUAAAGGAAAACACAUAUUGAAUGGCAGUACUGAACUGAUUAAUAUCAAAUAAAUUCUUUAAUUACAUGUCCUAUCAUCCAAUUUUGUAGAAUAAGAAGCUGUUACAAGAUGCCUUGUUGCGCUUUUAAAAUAAAAUAAAAUAUUUUCUUCUUAACUCAAUGUUAAUGCAAGAACAUGCCAAAGAGUUUCGUAUUAAGACUAUAAAAUCUGUCAAAGAAAUACUUAUAAUAUCAAAUAAAUGGAAACGGCUGUUUAACACAACAGUUUAUGUUGCGUUUGAGACCAUGGAAUGGCGUCAUACAGAGGGGACUGCAUGAGGAGCACAACUGACAAGCUAAAACGUAGAGGAAGGGCCACACAAAUUAAACAGACAGGAAAACUCUCAGAGAUGCAAAAUCACUUAAAACUCCCUCAUAACAUGAAUGCAAUCUGGUUUUAUUAUAUAACUUAUACUACUUACAUAAACUAAUAUUGUAUCAUUUUAAAUCAGUAUUGUUGGCCUAAGAAGUAAAGUGUGAAACAGAGCAGAUGUAUGUCUGCAUUAGCAAGUAAGCUAAUGGAUAGCUCAAAGCUGGCUAGCGUUGACUGACUCACUAAUCUCACUACUACGACUUUUUAUUCAUAUUGUAAGUCUGAUGACGAAAAAGCUCAGAACGGUGCGUUUCCCUUACUUUUCGAUUAAUUUGUUUCAUCCAAUCAUGUUUCUUGAGGUGGGGAUCUGUAGGCUAGUAUCUGACCAACACAAACACGGUAGAACAUCAUAACCAUGACGUAAGAGGAAGCAUGGCGUAACUCACCCAUCACAGUUGUUGGUUUCUGGCCCAGGCUCUGUGCCAUCUCACCCAAGAAGCUCUG